AUGAUCUCAUCAUCCAACAAGUACAGACUUUACCUCGCUUUCUACACCCGAGACUACCCCCCUCCCCCCACAGACUGUGUUACGAAGUACGACAAAUACGACCUUGGGCUACUCUUUAUGCCCAAAGACGCCGAUAUGGACUCCCCGUUGCCGGUCGCUAUCUCGUGGACCGCCUUCAUUAACAGGGAAACUCUGGGUUAUAACCUUCGGGCAGAGAAAGUCAGAAGUAGGCCGGCAACCCUAGCUGGACUUGUCUACUUGGACAAGGUACCGGAACCGGACAAGGCUAAAGAAAUAUUCAAGAACUUCCGAUGGAACCGCAUGGUAGGAUGCCACGACUGGGUGAUCCAGGCAAUCAAGGAAUUGGUGGCGACUGGGGUCGUCACAAACGAUAAUGUCAAAGCUGUCACACCAGAGAAGAUUUUGGAAACAGGUUUCUACUUGACUGUGAGCAAACAGAUGUGGUUGCUGCCCAGGCAUGUCCCCGCCUGUGACGUCAACGGCCAUGCUAUUAAAUCUGCUCUUGAGGGCUUCUGA